GUCUCACCCAAACGAAAAGCUUGAAAACCAAACAAACUCUACUCAGCCACAAGAUCACCUGUGUUAUCCAACUCUACCAUGGCUGGUUUGCUUGAAACUAUUGCAGUCCCACGCGCCACCGUAUCCGCAUCAUUGGCUCCGGUUGGCGGUUUUUCGCUGUCUGGUCGCCCGUCUUCUAUUAGAUUUUCUGUAUUCGAAGGCCUUAAUAAGAUACAGUCGACUCGUUCAUCAGUGUCAUUUGCUAAAUCUGUCACUCGCAGAAGAGGAGGAAUAGUCUGUGAGGCUCAGGAUACUGCUGUUCUAGUGCCUGGUGUUAAUGAUCAAACCUGGGAGUCUCUCGUAAUGGGGUCCGAUGUACCUGUUCUGGUUGAAUUUUGGGCUCCAUGGUGUGGUCCAUGCCGAAUGAUUCACCCCGUUAUUGAUGAACUAUCACAGGAAUUUGCUGGCAAGUUUAAAUUCUUCAAAGUGAACACGGAUGAAAGUCCUACCAUCGCGAGCAAAUAUGGGAUUCGAAGUAUCCCAACCGUCAUGAUUUUCAAGGACGGAGAGAAGAAAGAUACAGUCAUUGGUGCAGUCCCCAAAUCAACGUUGACGACCUCCAUAGAAAAAUUCUUGUAAAAUGGUACAUAUGUAGAUAUGUUCUAUGGGAACUUAGCCACUGCUUUUCUUUUAUAUUUUUCCUUCUUAAUUUGCCUUUGGCGCUGCAGGAAUUAACUUAAAUAAACCUGAGAUUCGUCUGUAUAGUUGUGUUAUAUGCUAUAUUUCCUUUUUUGGCA